AUGAAGGGCGCGUCCGUCCCUGCGGUUGUGGGCAUGCCUUCGCCGCUUUUUCUUUGGCGGUUUAAGGCUAUAUUGUUUCUCGUGUGGGGUUUAUGCUGUUGCAAGAUAGGGUGGGACUCUGUUAUGAGGAUGAGUGCUGAUCUGCGAGAUUUAUUUCUGUAUGAGGUUUUCUUGUACUAUAAUCCUCUCUUCCUUGUGGCACUUAUGAUUUGGUUAUGGGGAGUGAAUUUGUGGGUCUUUGCACAAUCAUCAGUGAAUUAUGUAAAAGUGUUUGAUCUCGCGCAAACACAUUUAUCACACCGAGAAAUUUGGAGGUGUGCUACUUGGCUUACUUUAAUUGUUCCCACAAGUAUGACAGCUUACCUAUACCUGUACUCACAUGGGGAAGUGUCACUUGCUGCUUCUCAACCAGUUCUAUUGUAUGCUAUCCUUUUGAUAGUCCUCCUUUCUCCGUUUGAUAUGUUCUAUUUAUCAUCACGCUUUUACUUCCUGAGGACCAUGUUACGUAUAAUACUUCCAUUGCAAGCAAUUACAUUCCCCGACUUCUUUUUGGCUGAUAUUUUUACAUCCAUGUCAAAGGUGUUCUCAGAUUUGGAACGUUCAGUUUGCCGCAUGGUCAAUCGUCAGGUGGCGACAAUUGCUUGGUUUGAAGCUGAUUCAAUUUGUGGUAGCCACUCUAUAGCUAUUCCUCUAGUUCUUGUGCUCCCUUAUUUGUGCCGUUUCUUCCAAUGCCUUCGACAGUACAAGGAUACAAAGGAGAAAAGUUGUCUUCUGAACGCACUGAAGUACUCGACAGCAUUCCCGGUGAUUUUUUUAUCGGCGCUCAAGUAUCAUGUAUUCCCUGACCAGUGGGUUAGCUUUUACCGGCCCCUCUGGCUUAUUUCGGGAGUUAUAAAUUCGCUGUAUUCCUUCUACUGGGAUAUAAAGCGCGAUUGGGAUUUGAGUAUUUUAACCAGGAUUUUCAUGUUCAAAAGCCCAAGCACAUGGACAAGUCUUCUUUAUGGGCGGAACUGGGUGUAUUACUGGGUGUUAGGCAGCAAUCUCAUCCUCCGCUGCACAUGGACAUACAAGCUGUCGGCGCAUCUUCGGCACAACUACCUCACAGUGUUUGCGAUAACAGCUUUGGAAAUGCUGAGGCGGUUUCAGUGGGUUUUCUUCCGCGUUGAGAAUGAGUGGAACAAGAUGACGGCCAAGCAAAAUUUUGAAAUGUCAUCCGAUAUGCCUUCAGAAUCAGACAGGCUACUGGAGUCUAAUAGCCACACAGGCUCAGAAGGUCAGGGAUACACAACAGUAGGUUUGUAG